UCGUUGCCAUGGCAGGAAAUCUUUCCGUUAUAGAAAACUUCUUCAUUUAAAUGUGUGAAUUUGGUGUCGAUUUAUUGAAAGCUUCAGCUGAUCUUGAAUAAUGGCAAAGGUACAUUUGUGCCAACGGCUUGUUUUCGACUUCAGGGAUGUAUAUAGUCGUGAAAUGAUAAACGUUUAUUAUACAAAGAGAAAUAGAUCCGAGAAAGUUUCAAAUCAACACUGAUGUCUUCCGGAGAUAGUGCAUAUGUGAGUAUGAUAUUUUAAUGAUAAUUUUAGUACAAGACAUCUUGUAAAACGUAGGCUCACAUCAUUUAAUAGCUAAGUUCAGUUUUAGUACGAAAUUAUGUCCCUUGAAAGAAUUCAGAUUUAAAACUAAUCCCGAGAUAUACGUGAGAAUCGUGGGAGAAUAUUCUGAAAAGAGGCACGUAAACAUGGUGCAUAACUUUGAUCUUAUUGCAGUGGACGUGAUCUAUUUUGUAUUGAAGACUUUAGUCCAGUUUCAAUCAGAGGUUGAUAUGUGAUUUCUGACGAAACAAAAUGUAAACAGGAUAUUCGUUAAUGAUCGUUGACUGCUAUGGUGUACAUACUUGCUUGCGUGUGAUUUUUUUCGUGUCCAAAUUAUACGCAAAAGAGGCCCGUAGAAGACUGCAUAUUUUUGACAAAAUUUUUGUCCAAAUAUGUGGAGAUAUAUUGGUUGUUGCAAGCAUUGUAAUGAAGAAGUAUCUUUAUUGGCAUCAAAGCGUCAAAUCCCUUGUUAUUUUCUUUAUGGCAGCUAUUUGCUCUUGCUCCAGCAUUGAGUGUCAGCUGGACAAUAGUUUUUCAGGCUUGUCAUAAGUGAAUUCCUUUUAUCACACACAGUUCACUAACAAUAUACUUUUGUGUAAUGUCUUGACAGAGUGCUCAUUUUAUUUCCUCUCAAUCUUUCAUUGAUGCAAACUUGACUCUUUGACUCCCAGUAGUUGUCAAGACUGAAAUUCUCAAGAAAAUCAUAAUUUUGUUUUGUAGAAUAAAAAAACUGAACUACCAACAGAGAAGUUUCUUUUACAGGAGUGUAGUGUCCAUAUACGCACAUAUACCCGUGUGUAAAGCUGAAAUCUGGAAAAAUAUGUACUUUUUUAUUACUUAAAAGCAUCUUUUCACUAAAUCGUGAUGACCGAUAAAUUAUAACUUUUGCGCAUUAUAUUGGUGUCUUUUUGUUAGUAUUUCCUAUAUCCUUUUAUUAUUCCAUAAACGGAUGACAAGAAAUAUUAUAGUGGGGUGAAAAACUGCACACACACAAUUCUGCCCAUAGACAAGCACAAAGACGUUGAUUUGGUGGCAGAUUGAAACAGAGCUUGCUCGUCUGAAGGGCAGCUGUCUGGUUCUUUGCUUGUAAUCUCCUUGAUGGCAUCACUGCUAUACCCUAUUAGUUAGGACCACGUUAUUGGUGUAAAUUUCAAAAUCAAAAGUGGAUGUUCAGAAUGUACAUGUUCAUGUACUCUCGUAUUUACUGAAAGCUUUUAUCUCUGGACAUCUGCUGUAUCUACUCUUUUUAAUGAGAAUUUCAAAUGUGAUGCUCAUUUUGUGCUUAAAGUGAUAUUAUCAUUUAUGUCAGAAUGACAAAAUACUGCCAGAAAAUUGGAUAUGACAGCUGUAAUAGAGAAUUUUCCUUCCAGAGUGAAGUGAGACAAUCAUUAAAUUUACCAUCAGUAGAAAACAAAAAGCUUUGCACAUCAUAAAAUCAAGCUAAAGUUAGUAACUUAAUACAGUUAAAUCUUGGACACAUCCUCUUUGUUUGAAAAAUCUGGAAUCUGCACAUUAAUGAGUGAUAUAUGUUGAAACAGAGGAAUUGAAGUGAAUUCAAGAGGCAACAUUGCAAAAUGCAUCCUUGAAGAACUGAGAGUGACGGAGAGAGUUUCUUAUGUACAAUGUAUCUAAUGGUAACAUAACUUAUCACCUUACAGUAUUACAAAUUGUUGAUAUAAAAAGAAUCCUGUUUUAAUUUUUGAACCUGUAGUGAUUAUACAUAAUCCGGAUACUUGAUUCUAACCUUAUUUCCCUUUCCCACCUCAAGUUACUUUACCUUUGAUUACUCCUAUUUUUAAAAGCAAUUUCCUUUUUCUCAGGAGGUUAAAAUCACAGGAUUCAACUAUCAAGUGUACAUGUACUUUUCAGUCUUCUUUAUUUUAGUUUAAAUGAUAAUUAAGGUGGUAUACAGUUUACAUCACUUUGAGAAACUGUUUAUUUUCUAGUUACUUGUUACUUAGUACUCUACGACAUCUUGGUUUAACGCCAAGUACUAGACAAUAUGUUUUUCUUUGAAAAUAGUUAAAUUUUAGAUUAAAGGGUGUUAAGGCUAGCGGUUACAACUCUCCUUGCUGAAGAAAGUGAAAAUCAAAAAGCUGUCAAACUGAACAUGUAAUGGUAAUAUUACUUUUGUUUUAAAAAGGUUGAAGAAAAUUUUCACUCAAGUCCAGAUGGUCAUGGUAUUACACAGUCUGGGUCAUCGCAAGAUGGUAAUAGAAGCUUUAAAUGAUAAAAAAAUUAUUCAUUGUUUGCCUUUUUUACUAUUUCACUUUCAGAGUCAUUUACUUACACUUUAUAUGCUAUAUGAAACACUUACAAUAUUUUUUUAACUUUUGAGUUUGCAAACUAAACUCUCUAGUGCUGCCAUUCAAAUGCAACCUUAGCAGCACUCUUGCAUAGAACUAUUUGAUGUACAUUUGUAUCUUGGGUAUUAUUCAAAUUUUACAUUCACUAUUUUAUAUCAAAUUAAAGUUACCCUGAGCACUCGAGGUUUGAUUUGGUUUAAUAAGGUUUACUUUGACUGGGAGGAAUUACCAAGAUACAGUGUACAGUGGAAACUCUAUAUUACAAGGGUUCGAGCAACUGGCAAAAUGUGGUUUCAUAAAAUAUAGGUUUAUUUUCAUAUAUUUUACUAUUACUGGGGUGAAGAAAAUUUUUCACUGUAUGAAGGACUUCGUUAUACAGAGGCUUGUUAUAUCAAUGUUCCACUGUAAUGCUUUCAUUUUCAUAAUAAAAUAAAAUUAAUAUUUGCAUCAAAUUUGUCAAUGGUUGACCCCUUGAUUUUCCUUUCACCACAAAAAAUGGAAAAAAAGAAGAAGCAAUAUUUCUAAAUCAUAAUUUGAACCAGUAAAAGUCUUAGAUGCGAACUACUGAUAUCAAUAUUGUUCAACUUUAUUUAGUUAAAAUAUUUUACCUAGUAUCUUAUUCACUUAGUGGUCAAUGUAGGAUAGUGUGCUAAAAUGUUAUUUCGUAUUUUUUAUUUUAGGUGCAUUACCAACCCCUUUGCAUGCAGCCGCUGUCAACGGAAAUAAAGCCCUUCUUCGAAGAUUGUUACGUGAAGGUGAGUAAAAAAAAAACAGAGUCAUAUAAUAUUAUCUUGAUCAUUUUCAUGAAAUUCAACGUUCAGGUUCUCCAAAAAAAUUCUGAGUACCAAGCAAAGUUGAAAAAGCAAGUUAAAGAAAUUAUUUGCAGGGUAUAAAAGAUAACUUUGCUAAUGGCAUUAAAUGAACUUUUAAAGGGUUUUAACAUACACUUAUGUGCUAAGUACACAAUGCAUUUGCUUAUUAUAAAGCGAUAUAAAUUACAUGUACUCUUGUAUAUCAUAAAAAGCAUUGCUCACCACACCAGUAUAUACAUUUGUUAACAUUUUCUCGCUCUUUACUUUUCUUUCACGUUUUAUAUAUAACCCUUAAAUGUGCUACCAAUGGACUAUGUAAUUUUUGAAUUUAGAAGUCAGCAGUUGUGCAACAUUGUACAUUGUACUUGUGCAAUGGGUUGCUGAUGUACUUUCCAAAGAAAGCUAGAAUGGUCGGCUGUUCUGAUAGGUGCUUAAGAUUAAAGAUGUCCUUUGAUGUUUAAUGUAUUUCACUUUUUCACUUUAAGAUGAAAGACAAUUUCUUAACAAAGGAGAUCAAUUUGGCCGCACUCCACUGGUAAGACUCUGUACAUUAACUAUAGUCAAAAGUGAUUUUAAAAAGUUUUAACGUACUUUCGUCUUUAAAAUGGGUUAAAGCUGGUUACAAUAAUCACAUUUCCAGUUUAUGUGAACAUACGUGUACUUCCUCUUGUUAAAUAUAUUGGAGUUGAGGUUAUUCCCUCUUGCAUUAGAUUAGGUGUUAUGCCAGUUGAUUGUAUGUAUGUUUUUAUGUAGUACAUUACAAGAUCUGAUAAUUGAUUAGGGAAGAUGUUCAAUUGAUCAUCAUGGGGAUCGAAAAAGUUAAAAAAUUUCUUGUUGGCAAAUAAAGAUUUUAAAAAAAUUUUGUGCUGUCUUUUUAAUAGUCUCAUAAUUAGAGAAUUUGAUCAGCUGAAAGCACAGAAAAAGUCCUGAGCUCAGUGGUCCACAGUUAAAAACUCAAAACGUUUGUGUUACCCAACAUUAAUUUUACUUUGACUUGAGGUGAAAAAUAAUCAAUGGAAUUCUUAUAGUGAGAUUUUUUCUGAUUAUAAAUUGUGACUGAUAAGGUGAGUCAAUCCGAUUAUUUCCGAUGAUUGAUUAUGAAAUCUCUGCUUAUUCCCAACACUAGUAUGUACAUUGUCGUACAUAUUUCACCCCGCAGGGUACAUUUUCUGUACAAAGCAAAUCACUAUUAAGUGAUCAGUAUACUUGUACUAUCAUUUGAAAUUCCAUGGUUUGUUAAACAGCAUAGCCAAUCCGUUGUUUUAUUAGGUGUACAGUGUGUUAGGAGACAGACUUGAUUGUGCUGAGACACUUCUUAAAGCUGGAGCCAAUGUAAGAGAAUUUUCUUGACUUAUGAUUCAUGUAAAUCUCCCAGUGAUCUUUUUAAGAGUAAGGUUACAUUUACUCAUUUCAGAUUUUCAGCAGGUUGAAUACAUGCCUAUUUCUAAAUUUUCUGGCUCACAGAAAGAGAAAGAGAUGUUGGCUUAAAACCAUAUUCUUCAGAUUUACUUUAUGGCAUGUACAUUGCUCACUUAGUCCAAAUAUAUAAACAUCAUUGAUCAAAGCAAAAGUGCAGUUCAUAACUUACAGCAUACAUGUCAUCCCUUCAUGAAGAAACUGGCCAAAAAAAUAUCUCUUUAAUACUGGAUGAAUAAUAAUAUUAUUCAUCUAGUAUUAAAGAGAGAUUUUUUGUGCCCUUUUUUAAAUGCAGUCUUUUUUUCUCUUAAAACUCAUACUUUCCUUUAGGUCAGCUCAUGUGACAUGGACGGCAGGACUCCCCUGCACUGGGCAGCUUACCAGGUAUUAACCUACCAACUGCUCUAGAACUGAAAUUCACCAUUUAUCAGAAAUAUUAAGAACAACAUAUUUUAUCAAGGCCAUAUUGCUUGUCAAAUGUUAUCCUAGCAGGGCCUCAUUUAUUGAUAUUUUCUGCUGACAGGGAAACCUGAAAUGUGUGAAGCUGUUGUUAGCUAAGGGAGCAAACUGGAAAGUAAAAGAUAGCAAAGGAAGGCAAGUUACAAGUUCUUUUUUCUGGGAAACUGCCCACCGACCCCUCCCCUAAUCCCCCCAAAACUUUGACAUCUUGCUUAGGGCAAAGUGUGGGUGAGGGGAUGGGUAGGUGAAGGUGGUGACUUUUCCCAGAAUCUUGUACUGAUCAGAAAGAGCAAGUCAAAAACAAAAUCAAAAAUGACCUUUAAUAAAAAUAUGACAUAAGUCAUGGAAACUUUAUGUUGUUUCAAAUCCCAUGUGACCACAGGGGAAUGGAAAUCUAGUUGAAUGUAUUCACAAAGUUGUUAAAUAAAGAUUAAGUUUACUGGUGGUUGUCAGUCUAUCUUGGAUGUUUGUUAUUGUUUUUGACAGGCAAUUCUAUUUUCUUUUAUUUUGUUACAGAACCCCACUUCACUUUUCUACCAGCCAUCAGUCUUCUAAGGUUUGUACUUUCCUUCCCAUUCAGUUGUACAGUUUAGUAUCAGUUAAUAGUCAACUUGAGCAAAGACGCUUUUAAACGACGCAUGUCAACCGGAAGUGGACUUUUUUCAUUCUUGAGCUGUAUUUUUACCCAAAUUUUUGGACAAAUCAUUUCUAUAAUAAGAAAGAGACAAUAAAUAAUAGAAAUACAAUUUUGGUAUUGCCAAUAUAUUUUAAAAUGAAAAAGAUCUCACUUCUGGUUGACAUGAGUAGCUCAAAAACACCUUUGCUUAAGCUCCCCAAUAUUACACUGUAUGUAAACCUCACGUAUGUCUCAAGAAAUUGUGAGCAUUAGUUAGCUAUAUAAAAAUAGGUACACCAAUUUUGACUGUAAAACAUUUGUACAGAAAUUUAUGAGAAUUGAAAUUUGAGUAUUUUGGCUGCUGUGGGCUUACAAAAGUCGUGGAAAUUACACGUAUUUGUACAUUAAAAAAUAUAUAUUACUCCUUCUUCGAGUUAAAAACAUGGAAAUGAGUUUUUGGCUACCGUAACUUCUCUGCCCGUUGACUUGUCUCCUCUGCUUGAUGACGAUGAUUGUAAACAGGAAGUAGUUUAUUAAUUUUAUUCAUGACAUUAUCCAUUAUUUUUGUCUAAACUAUCUGAUAUUGGCAUUUUCGUUAUUUUACAUUACAGUGUCUGAGUUUGUUAUUGAAGCAAGUCCCUAAAGGUGAAGCAGAUGUACUUGAUAAUGAACGGAUGACAUCACUUCACUGGAGUGCAUCGUUUGGCAAUACCGAACAUGUCAAGUUGCUGCUGAAAGCUGGUGCUGAUGUCACACUCACUGACAAAGAAAGUUAGUAUAAUGGAAUCAAAUUUCCAAAGCUCAUACAGUCAACUCUGUCUAAGAUAGACUCCUUUGGAACCGCAGGGGCGGAUCCAGGAUUUUUUUAUUGGGGGGGUCCAAAUUUUGGUUCAGAAAGGACUGUUUAACGUUUUUGUGGCAAAUGCCUCCUCCCACCAGUCAUGGUUGCUAGGGGUCCGGACCCCUGGGUUAGGGUAAGGGUUAAAAUUUUCAAAAAAAUCGACGGUAUGAUACUGUAAACAAGUAAGUCUGGAGAUUUAAUACGUUGAAAGACCUUUAUAGUUACUGUGGAAGUGAUGCUCCUGGGAAGAGAAAAUUACUCCAUAAUGAUGGAGCAGCAUUGCUGUAUACUCUAUCUCUGUAUGUUUUUGUAUUGAUGUAGGUACUUACAGUUGAUUAAUUUCGCUGACAAAAAAGGUGGUACCCCUUAAAGACAACCAACUCUCUAAAACAGACACUAAAAGUUGGUCCCUGCCAAUAACCUAAAGAAUGUGCUUGUAAUAAAGAGGUGGUUGUUUAAACGGGUUGGGUUGCCUUAACUUGUAGAGCACAGGGCACCCAACAUGGCUCUUUUAUCCAACUCUAUCUUGGGCAGCUAACUGUCAGCAGUAACUGUCUUCAAACGGCGGACAUUGUCUAUGAGAUCUAAUUGAGUACUUUUCUCUGUAUUUUAAUAGAGAGAACCCCGCUUCACUGGGCAGCAACAAAUCCUGAUCCUGCUGUUUUGAAACUCAUUCUGGUAAAUAAAAUAUGUAGACAUNUUUGGAACCGCAGGGGCGGAUCCAGGAUUUUUUUAUUGGGGGGGUCCAAAUUUUGGUUCAGAAAGGACUGUUUAACGUUUUUGUGGCAAAUGCCUCCUCCCACCAGUCAUGGUUGCUAGGGGUCCGGACCCCUGGGUUAGGGUAAGGGUUAAAAUUUUCAAAAAAAUCGACGGUAUGAUACUGUAAACAAGUAAGUCUGGAGAUUUAAUACGUUGAAAGACCUUUAUAGUUACUGUGGAAGUGAUGUUCCUGGGAAGAGAAAAUUACUCCAUAAUGAGGGAGCAGCAUUGCUGUAUACUCUAUCUCUGUAUGUUUUUGUAUUGAUGUAGGUACUUACAGUUGAUUAAUUUCGCUGACAAAAAAGGGGGCACCCCUUAAAGACAACCAACUCUCUAAAACAGACACUAAAAGUUGGUCCCUGCCAAUAACCUAAAGAAUGUGCUUGUAAUAAAGAGGUGGUUGUUUAAACGGGUUGGGUUGCCUUAACUUGUAGAGCACAGGGCACCCAACAUGGCUCUUUUAUCCAACUCUAUCUUGGGCAGCUAACUGUCAGCAGUAACUGUCUUCAAACGGCGGACAUUGUCUAUGAGAUCUAAUUGAGUACUUUUCUCUGUAUUUUAAUAGAGAGAACCCCGCUUCACUGGGCAGCAACAAAUCCUGAUCCUGCUGUUUUGAAACUCAUUCUGGUAAAUAAAAUAUGUAGACAUUACUAAGCCCAAUAACGUGGAAUGAACAGUAACUGUAGAGUUAAAGAGUUGAACUGAGACUAUCUGAAGCUAACAGGAAAAAGGAUGGGUAUUCUGGGCCUUUGACACGUCCAAGUUAGAAGCAAACCACUUUCCUGUUUUUACUUGACCAGUGUCUCUGAAUUAAAUCAAGAAUUUAGUGCAUUGUACUAGAGCUUGUUUGUAACAGGUCAGAUUUUAAGAAAUCUUUCAGUUAACUUAUGUUAUCAAAUGUUGUCUGAAGAUUGUGCUCUCUUGUCACAGUUAUCGUUUGUGAACAAUCCCGGAAAUCUUUGAGAUCUUUAAGGAAGAUAAUCUGAACAAUGUUUUUAUAAUACGGAAACUCAAAACAAAUAAGGGUACAGGCCUCCCAUGCGUUAUUUUGCAUGCAGCUAUCCCACAGUAGUUGUCACAAACAGUUUAUACGAAUAGAGUCGAAACGUGUAUGCAUAAAGAUUGUAUGGGGCUGUGCAGAAAUCUUGUCUUAUUUUCUACCUAGUCUUACUUGUAUAAUGAUGUAAUUUUUUUUCGCUUUAAGGAUGCAAAUUUUGACAUAAUUAACCACCAAGACAGCGAGGGUAGAACAGCUCUUCAUUUAGCUGUAGCUCAACAUAAUGAAGCGGCGGUAAGGGCGUUACUGGCUGUUGGGAAGUGUCAAGUGUCCGUUCAAGACAACAUGAAACGUUCACCACUACACUGGGCGGCCGUAUUAGGUUUGUUGCCUUCAAAUUAAUUUGGGAAAUUUGCGCCCGUGGUACUUUAACCAAGGUAAAAGCGGCAACGCCCAAGUUUGUUUCCCGUGUUGGUCACCUUGUGACGUGUGCGUUACGUCUUUUUACGCGGGAAAUUUCAUAGCUACGGUUCUGAUUGGUUGUUUUAUCGUGGGGGCCGGGAUUCAAAAUGUGAACUUCUUUAUACAUUUCCAUGGACAAGCUUAACGGAAAAUUUGUCGCAGGAUAAAGUGGUUACACAGAUAGUUUUAUUUUUCCCCCAAAAAAUGGCCUUGUCCCGUGUAGCAUAGACCCCAAGUCUUAUGUAUCAUUUCUUGAGGUUUUUCACCAAAAAUGCCCCAACAAUCAUCGCGGGAAUAAAACAGACAUUGAGUUUAUCUGUUUAUCCUCAGGCAACUCUCAGCUGGUGAAAUUAUUGCUGGAUAAAGGAGCAGACUUCACUGCCGCAGAUGACAAUGGAGCCACCGCACUUCAUUACGCGGCUCAGGGUAACUUCAGUGAGACUGUAGAGGUGUUUUUGUCAUUUGAUAAUAUAGAGGAUAUCCCCGAUAAAGAAGGCAGAACUGCACUCAUGUGGGCUGCUGGAAAAGGUGUGUUUUAUUCUUUUCUGUCCAAAGCUUAGAAAAUUCCACUGAACCGUGUGAUGGGAUUGGAAGGCUAGGUCACGUUAUUUUCAAUGCUGCUGGCUACAAGCUUUCAACAGCUCCGUUUAUUGACAAAAUCAUCGCUUCAUAGCAAACAUUGAUCACUCCCGAGCAUCGUAAGUCACACCUUCAUACAACUUGAGUGAAACUUUUUCUUUGGCGUUACCACAUUUCUAAGUCUUUGCCCUUCUACUCUUUUACUGUUCCAAGCAGUUAUUUUGUUAUUUCAAUCAAUUCUAUCGGCCAUUUGGAGUGUGCUUGUGACUGGGUAGAAUUGCACUGGGGGUCUACUAGGGGUCGUGUUUUGGUGGACAAAUUUUUAACCAGUUUCCUCCGCAACCUCGCAAUAGCCAAUGAAAGAAGCGGCAGUGUCCCCAGUACACUCCCAUGAUGCAAUUCGAUACAACACCAAUCCAGUUUCACGUGCAACUUAAUAAGAGAAGGAAACUGGGUCGAGUUAACUUUCGCAAAGGCCUCUGGGACUGUUACUAGGGUUAGGGAAAAAAUUGGCCAAUAGCUGACUGGCGCUUCCCCAGUAACGAUCCCAGAAUCAAUUGCGGGGAACAUUUCGUUCCCAGUUCUUCUCCCGUUUCUAAAGUGACGAAUUGCUUAUAGUUGUUUAGUAAAUGCCGAAAUUCUUUUUAAGAGCUUGACCUUUAAGUUCAUAGAACAUGGCAACACGCAACUUGACGUGCGUAUAACUAAAGUGGUGACUUUUCUUUCAGGAAGUGAAAUGGCGUUAGAGACGAUGCUAGACCACGAUCUUGAUGUACACACAAAGGACAAUACAGAUGGUACCGCGCUUCACGCAGCUGCGUAUUCUGGUUGCGGACAUUGUCUAUGAGAUCUAAUUGAGUACUUUUCUCUGUAUUUUAAUAGAGAGAACCCCGCUUCACUGGGCAGCAACAAAUCCUGAUCCUGCUGUUUUGAAACUCAUUCUGGUAAAUAAAAUAUGUAGGCAUUAUUAAGCCCAAUAACGUGGAAUGAACAGUAACUGUAGAGUUAAAGAGUUGAACUGAGACUAUCUGAAGCUAACGGGAAAAAGGAUGGGUAUUCUGGGCCUUUGACACGUCCAAGUUAGAAGCAAACCACUUUCCUUUUUUCACUUGUCCAGUGUCUCUGAAUUAAAUCAAGAAUUUAGUGCAUUGUACUAGAGUUUGUUUGUAACAGGUCAGAUUUUAAGAAAUCUUUCAGUUAACUUACGUUAUCUAAUGUUGUCUGAGGAUUGUGCUCUCUUGUCACAGUGAUCGUUUGUGAACAAUCCCGGAAAUCUUUGAGAUCUUUAAGGAAGAUAAUCUGAACAAUGUUUUUAUAAUACGGAAACUCAAAACAAAUAAGGGUACAGGCCGCCCAUGCGUUAUUUUGCAUACAGCUAUCCCACAGUAGUUGUCACAAACAGUUUAUACGAAUAGAGUCGAAACUUGUAUGCAUAAAGAUUGUAUGGGGCUGUGCAGAAAUCUUGUCCUAUUUUCUACCGAGUCUUACUUGUAUAAUGAUAUAAUUUUUUUUGCUUUAAGGAUGCAAAUUUUGACAUAAUUAACCACCAAGACAGCGAGGGUAGAACAGCUCUUCAUUUAGCUGUAGCUCAACAUAAUGAAGCGGCGGUCAGGGCUUUACUGGCUGUUGGGAAGUGUCAAGUAUCCGUUCAAGACAACAUGAAACGUUCACCACUACACUGGGCGGCCGUAUUAGGUUUGUUGCCUUCACAUUAUUUAGGAAUUUUGCGCCCAUUGUACUUUAACCAAGGUAAAAGCGGCAACGCCCAAGUUUGUUUCCCGUGUUGGUCACCUUUUGACGUGUGCGUUGUGUCUUUUUAGGCGGGAAAUUUCAUAGCUACGUUUCUGAUUGGUUGUUUUAUCGUGGGACCCGGGGAUUCAAAAUGUGAACUUCUUUAUACAUUUCCAUGGACAGCUUAACAGAAAAUUUGUCGCAGAAUAAAGUGGUUACACGUACAGUUUUAUUUUUCCCGAAAAAAUGGCCUUGUCCCGUGUAGCAUAGACCCCAAUUUUUAUGUAUCAUUGCUCGAGGUUUUUCACCAAAAAUGUCCCAACAAUCGUGGCGGGAAUGAACACAGACAUUGAAUUGAUCUGUUUACCCUCAGGCAACUCUCAGCUGGUGAAAUUAUUGCUGGAUAAAGGAGCAGACUUCACUGCCGCAGAUGACAAUGGGGCCACUGCACUUCAUUACGCAGCGCAGGGUAACUUCAGUGAGACUGUAGAAGUGUUCUUGUCAUUUGAUAAUAUAGAGGAUAUCCCUGAUAAAGAAGGCAGAACUGCACUCAUGUGGGCUGCUGGAAAAGGUGUGUUUUAUUCUUUUCUGUCCAAAGCUUAGAAAAUUCGCUUGAACAGUGUGAUGGGAUUGGAAGGCCAGGUCACGUUAUUUAAAAUGCUUCUGGCUACAAGCUUUCAGCAGCUCCGUUUAUUGACAAAAUCAUCGCUUCAUAGCAAACAUUGAUCACUCCCGAGCAUCGUAAGUCACACCUUCAUACAAAUUGAGUGAAACUUUUUCUUUGGCGUUACCACAUAUCUAAGUCUUUGCCCUUCUACUCUUUUACUGUUCCUAGCAGUUAUUUUGUUAUUUCAAUCAAUUCUAUCGGCCAUUUUUUUCUAUCGGCCAUUUGGAGUGUGCUUGUGACUGGGUAGAAUUGCACUGGGGGUCUACUAGGGGUCGGGUUUUGGUGGACAAAUUUUUAACCAUUUUUUCUCCGCAACCUCGCAAUAGCCAAUGAAAGAAGCGGCAGUGUCCCCAAUACACUCCCAUGAUGCAAUUCGAUACAACACCAAUCCAGUUUCACGUGCAACUUAAUAAGAGAAGGAAACUGGGCCGAGUUAACUUUCGCAAAGGCCUCUGGGACUGUUACUAGGGUUAGGGAAAAAAUUGGCCAAUAGCUGACUGGCGCGUCCCCAGUUCUUCCCCCGUUUCUAAAGUGACGAAUUGCUUAUAGUUGUUUAGUAAAUGCCGAAAUUCUUUUUAAGAGCUUGACCUUUAAGUUCAUAGAACAUGGCAACACGCAACUUGACGUGUGUAUAACUAAAGUGGUGACUUUUCUUUCAGGAAGUGAAAUGGCGUUAGAGACGAUGCUAGACCACGAUCUUGAUGUACACACAAAGGACAAUACAGAUGGUACCGCGCUUCACGCAGCUGCGUAUUCUGGUCGCGUGGAUUGCGUGGAGCUGCUUGUUGAAUUUGGAGCCUACGUUAAUGCUGUGGACAGGUUACAGCACACACCCCUCUUCCGCGCAUGCGAAAUGGGGCACACCGAAGUUGUCCACAAUUUGAUUCUAAGUGAGUGAUUCUUUUCAGUCUGUUUCAUUAACAAGCGUUUGUUUAAAAAUAGUAGUUUUAGUGUUGCACAUUUAUGCUUUUCUUGGCUCCUCCCACAAUUAAAGGCUAAGGAAAUCCUGGGGAGGGAAGUGGGACUUUUCAGUCUGUUUCAUUAACAAACGUUUGUUUUAGUGUUGUACAUUUUGCUUUUCCUCACCCCUCCCCCAAUUGACUUCGUCGGGGAGUUUGCAUAUUAAAUGUACGUUAUUUGUCUCGGAAAUUUUCUCUGCCACACUAGCCAUGUGUUGUAAACACCUUCAAGGGGUAGGUAGGGGAGACCUCUUUUAAGUUUGAUGCUAAUAACCUUUGAAUCUUACUAUUUAUCACAGAUGGGGCGGCAAUAGACCUUGAAGACUUAGACGGUCGAUCACCGCUUCAUUGGGCUGCGCUUGGUGGUCACGCCCCGAUCUGCCUCGCUUUAGUGGAACAGGGUUUAGCUGCAGACAGCAGAGAUAAAAUGAAGUGAGUUUGACACGUGUUUCCUUUGCAAUUGAUUUUCACUUCUUCCUUUCAGUUUACAGUUGUUGGAAUUGCAUGAAAUAAAUUACAUAGUUAGUACUGAUCAGCAUACACAAAAAUGAAUACUUGCCUUGUCCUUAGGCCUCAUCAUUGGGCGCGGCCUAUGUGAAAUGCAUUGACCGAGAAGGCCAGGGAAGUCGCCGUACAGAGACUAGGCUAGAUAAAUACUACACUGACCGAAGAUAUUACCGUGGAAUGCCUGUUUUUCGAACCUUAGAUUAUCUGGAGGUUUAAAACAUUCGGUUUAAAUUACAGUGUUUGACUGGGAAAAAUCGGAAGGUUCCAGAAACCGAGGGAUUCGGCGGGACUCAGGAUUCUGUUGUGGUACUGUAAACACAGGAAAAGGCAAAAGAAAGAAAAGGAUAAAUUAUGUCUCCUUCUGAUUUGGGUAUACUUUGUAGUGGGCCGUGUCUUGCUGUCAUCCCCUUCUUACUAGACCCUUCUAGACACGAGUACCUCCAGAAUACACCGGACACUUAGAGUUUGUCCCUGCCUUUCUACUGUCUACAAUCUACGGUUUUUUAACUGGUGAAUUUGUUUUGUUUAUAGCCGUACUCCGUUGCAAUGCGCAGCUCAUGGUGGAUUUGUUAAGUUCAUGACAGUUUUAAUAGAGCAUGGUGCGUAUGUGGAUCAUCAAGACAAAGACGGCAUUACAGCUUUACACCGGAGCUGUGCAUCGGGACAUUUGGAAGCUGUUAAACUGCUUCUUAGGAACAAAGCAUUUCCUAACUUUACUGAGGGACACACUGACAGGUAGGUUAAAUCACUGCUAGGGUGGAGACGGUCGGGUACUACUGAAGAAUAAUCCAUUGUCUGUCUUUUACUGAGGGGGGUACUGANCGUUGCAAUGCGCAGCUCAUGGUGGAUUUGUUAAGUUCAUGACAGUUUUAAUAGAGCAUGGUGCGUAUGUGGAUCAUCAAGACAAAGACGGCAUUACAGCUUUACACCGGAGCUGUGCAUCGGGACAUUUGGAAGCUGUUAAACUGCUUCUUAGGAACAAAGCAUUUCCUAACUUUACUGAGGGACACACUGACAGGUAGGUUAAAUCACUGCUAGGGUGGAGACGGUCGGGUACUACUGAAGAAUAAUCCAUUGUCUGUCUUUUACUGAGGGGGGUACUGACAGGUGGUGGACAUUAAUACCAGGCUGUAGAGUGGUGAUGGAUGUAUAGCUUUUGUAAAUUCCACCUGUACAAGGUAGAGGCACUUGCAUGCAGUUUAAGAAAAUAUCAGUACGAGAAAGUCAGAGAUUUUUCUAAUAUCUCUUGGGUUUUCACAGAAACUAAUUGAUGAAUCUGUUUUGAAUUCAGAUUGACGCCUCUUGAUUACGCCAUAAUUGGUGACCAUCAAGAUGUUGCUCAGGUAACAACGGAAAAACUUUAUGUAUCAAUAAAAUAGACAAAGGGUAGCAGUUAGCAUUGACCAUUUGCACUGAAAAACCCCAAAUUUCGAUGAAAAUAACAUAAUGGUAAUCUCAUAAUCUCAUAAUGGUAAUAGUAAUUCGGUGUUGCUGUAAAACUUUCUUUGCCCUAUUGCCCAUUGUUUUCCAUGAAGUAUUUAUAGAGAUUGUUGACCUUUUGUUCUUUUGAACAGUAUAUGAUCGAGCAAGGAGCCUUAACUAUAAAUGGAAUCGAGGAUAUUGCUUCAACUACUAUUCAGAAAUGCUGGCGCGGUCAUCGAGUGCGCAAAGGGUUUUUAGUCCGGAAAGACCUGUUCGUAAAACACGAACGGGUUAAAAAGGUCAGGAAACGUGCCAGUGUGGCGGGCCAAAGAAAGACUCCGGACUUGUAUGAUAACCAGACUUCUCGUGGUGUGUCUCCAAGGUAUGUUUUCCUUAUUAUUUGCUUAUAAUGCCCGGAGUAAAUUUCACCUGGUAUACAUGUAGUAGUUGCUCUGGUUUGCAUCUGUACGAUUUGGGAUUAGCAAAAUCUCGCGCCAAUUUCAGCCAAUCAAAUGUAAGACGAAAACAGUGGUGACGAGCCUUCACGCGCCUUCUCGCGCUUGGCCUUGAAUUCUGAUUGGUUCUUUAGAUGGUCUAUAUCUGUCGUGAUUGGACAAAAAUAGCUUUUGUUUUAAAGUACCCAAUUAAAAAGGCUGAUAACGAUAAAUAAAUCACCGUAAUGGAUCAAUAAGAACUUAAAGUGAUCACAGGAGCUCUAGGUUACUUCUUGCAAACUGGUUCGGUUCCAUGUUCCGAAAAAAUUGCUAUUUUCCACAAAUUUUCGGUAACAGCCAUAUGGAAAAAGUAUUGAUAUCAUAAAUUGGUGUGUCGGUUAGAUGUUGACUUACAUUGGUAUGGAGUAGAAUCGUAACGUUUACGGCAAGCUUAUGUUAUUCUUUUGGUAAAAAAUGUAUGUAUUAACGUGCUUUAUUACACUGUUCCCUCCUUGUCAGAGAAAUAGAAAACUCUGCCAUCGAUAGCUCGAGAAGCCACGAAGUCAUUCUGGAGCAGGAACAACAGAGGAGAGAAAGUUUGUCUUCAAGUGAAGAGCAAAGACAGUCUCAGGUAGAUCUCUUGGUUUUAGAGUCCCAGCUGCCAAGAAGAGACGUUGCACAAAAUAUUACGACUGAAAGAACAGUCGAUUAUUUAUCACAAGGAUUAAACGAGGAAAAAACUAUUUCGACGUCUUUACCCCUUUUACCAAGGGAAGAGGAGUCUAGAAAGCGUUCUCUAGCUAAUUCCGAGCUGGUGAAAAUUGUUUCUUCUGUGUUACUGGACGAAGAUGUGGAACUGGACGAAGGAUUUUCCUUCUCCAGCAGUAAAAGCUCUUUGCAAGAAAGUGCUACAGAAAGUGAUUUUAUUGAUAACGAGCAUUCUGAAUCAAGAGUGACCAAAAUGCACAGCGGUCUUUCCAAGUCAGAGCUCGCACGAAAAGAGCGUGAACGACUUCAUUUAAUACGCACGAAAGUGAAUGCAGCGGUAGCGAUUCAGCGAUGGUUUAGGAAGUGGACCUCAAUUAAACGCGAACUUAGAGAGCGCGAUAUGAUGAUGCGUGACGUGACAAAAGAACAAGAACAACUCUGUGAAGAAGUCGCUGCUCUCACGAUACAGUUAGCAUGGAGAAAACACGUGAGAACUAAGUUUGAAAAAAAGAAAACCAUAAAUAAAACCGAUAAACCGAAAAAAGCUGCCCCAACUUCUGCAUCAGGAAAAACUGAACAAAAUGAUAUAAAUAUUUACGGGCGUCCUAUUCAAGAAGGACCACAGACAGCUGUUGUAAAUUCUCGCAAGGGUAAAGGACGAGGACGCUCUCCUUACAUGAAGUAUCAACCUUCUCCCGCUGCAUUGUCUUACAACAUGGCAAUGGAUUUGUACCAUCCCCUGGGAUCGAGGCAGGGUAGUCGCACUGCUAUGGUAACUGCUAGCCCCAGAAUGAAGUCUGGGUGCAUGAAGCGAACUUAUGGAUGGACUCAUGAUGCUAAUUUUUCAAGGAAAAUUAAUGGUAAGAAG